AUGUCGGCCACCCAUGCGACUCUAGGGGCAGCGGCGGAUGAGAGAAAAGCCCGUUUGGCAAAGCUCAAAUCUCUGAAGCGCAAGCAACCGGCCGAUGAAAUUGUCCCUCCAGAAUCAACACGCUCCCCAUCACCCCCGGCCGCGCCUGAUGUCGCCACGCUCCACCUCUCAGGUCGAAAUUAUGACCCCGAAGCUAAGGGCCCGAAGUUGGGCUUCGAGGCGCCGCCAACCCUAGCAGCUGAGAAGACCCUGGAGCAGCAAGCAAGAGACGUCGAAGAGGAGAUCAGGAGGAAGGCGGCGGAGGAAGAAGAUGAUGAUAAAGGGGUAGAUCUGUUUAAAUUACAACCUAAGAAACCGAACUGGGACUUGAAGAGGGAUUUGGAGAAGAAGCUGGAGAUUUUGAAUGUUCGGACAGACAAUGCUAUCGCGCGAAUGGUGAGAGAGAGGAUCGAAGGGGCACAGAAGGCGGCAAAGGCGAAAUCCGGAAGUGGGGCUGCCACUGCGAGUGAAGGUGGUGAGGAGGCGGGAAUGGAAGGAAUUGCUCUGGUUGAGGGUGUCAAGUUAAGGGAAAGAGAGGAGGAAGUAGAGGAGCAACGCGAGAGAGAGGAUGCUGAAAUCCAGUGA